AUGUGCGGGGCUGCAACUUCUCCCCGGAACCCACCGCCCUCUCUUGGUCCCCCCUCCUCCACCGCGGAGUCUCGGUGUCCCGCUGGCUGCCUCUGCGCCCUUCUCAGACAGGCCCGGGCGAAGCCGGCUCGCCGACCCCGGGCUGCCUCGCCCCGGCCCGCGCUAACCUUGUUCCCAUCCUUCCCUCAGGCCACGGAGUCUAAGCGGGAGCAGUUCCGCCGCUACCUGGAGAAAUCCGGGGUGCUGGACACGCUCACCAAAGUGUUGGUAGCCCUAUAUGAAGAGCCAGAAAAACCAAACAAUGCACUGGACUUUCUGAAGCAUCAUAUAGGAGCCGCAGCUCCAGAAAAUCCAGAAGUAGAGGCCCUUCCACUGGAAGUGGCAGAGAUGAAAGAAAAAUACGAAGCUGUGUUGGAAGAAAACAAAAAACUAAAAGCAAAGCUGUCUCAGUAUGAACCACCUCCAGAAGAGAAGCGUGGUGAAUAGGAAUGCUUUCACCUUUUGGUUACUUAACUGAAUAAAGGGCUUAAUCAGAA